CCCUCCCCCGGCCUGAAAACCUACUAAAAACGAGUACGGGGUUUGUGGUCUGUCUCAACACCGCGAGGUGUUUGCACCCAGUUUAAUGUUGAAUAAUAACGACUGGCUCCGACCUACACUGAACACGGCUGAGGUGUUUCUCACGGAAGACGAUGAUAGUGUUGUUGUUGCUGGGUGCCUUUGUUUGUAUGGGCCUGGCAGAGCAGCGUUAUGACGUAGAGUAUGGAGACUCUCUGAACUUACUGGUUCCCAGAAAGCCCAAGUCCUUUGAGUUCACUCGCAAGUUCAGCUCAAAUGUGACCAUCUUGUGGAAAUGGGGUGAACCUUUGACCUCGUUGGACGGAAGGCUGAAAAACACGGGUAUCUUCUUUGAGAUGUAUAAUUUAACUCAGAAAGACAUGGGCCACUAUAGGUUCAGAGGCAAAGAACAGAAUGAACUGUCAACCUACACAAUUGAGGUAAAAGCAAAAACAAAGUCCUUUCAAAAGAGUCCUGGUAAACACCUCAGAUUCUCUGCUAAACUGGAACCAAACCUCUGCAACGUUUACUUCUUCCCAGAAGGCAAACUCAGGAGGAGGAUGUCGGAGGUUGCGAUUGUCCGUCGAGGCAAGCUGCAGAGGCAUUUGGAUGAACUUGGGCUUGUAGGGUUUGAUCUGAAUGAGCCAUGUGGGAUUUACAUUGAAGCCAUACAGAACACAUACAGGGGACGCUAUGAAAUCAGGGAUGAGAAUAAUGACACAGCCUUAGAGGUGUAUCUGCAUGUAGCUGACCCAACCAUUAGGACCUCUGAACUGAAGGCUGGUGCACAACUCAGCUUCAAUUUUGAUCUGGAACCAAAAGACUGCAACAUUCACUUCUUCGGAGAGCCAUCGUUUGAUAUAGUUCUUCGUGGCAAGCUGCAAAGGAAUUUGUAUGAAUUUGAUUGCAGCGGAUUUGAACUGAUAAAGCCAUGUGGGAUUUUAAAGGAAGACCUCCAGAUGUCUUGCCAGGGACGCUAUGAGAUCAGGGAUCAGGAUGGCGACACAGCCUUAGUGAUGAUACUAGAAAUGGAGGCACCGCCUGCUGAGCAUUCGGCUAUUGGUAUUAGUUUUGGUGUUUUCUUCUCCUCACUUUUCGUGUAUGUCGUGAGGCGCUGCUGCUGUAAAGGCAGCUCCUCCAAAAACAAGACAUCUGAGCCUGAAGCUGCUGAGCCUGAUGUGCCAUACGAAGAGUACGACCUUGAGCCUGUUCGACUGCAGCCAGAUCAAGUCAGCGAGCCCUCUGGGACCCCUUACCGCGCUCAGCCUCCUCUUACGCCCACCGACCCGCUGAUACACAAUCAUCCUUCUGUGGAGAUGCCACCAACAUAUUCUGAGAUUUUUGCUGCAUCAGGGCAAACAGACGCUCCAACUUUCCCCGUCCACUCUGACCCUGAGCCGCGGUUCGAGGUGAAGGGGAUGAACUUUCCCUCCGCUCCCCCACUCAGUUCAGACUCAACUAUCUCUGAUGUUUAUACCUCAAGCAAACUCAACUUCCUCUGAGAGCCUUGAUUUUGAAAGAUACACUCAAAUGUGUAAGCUCAUUCAUAUUAUGGCAAAAGUUUUGGGAAAUAUUCGUAUUCAUCAGAGGCUUCCUGGACUCUCAGCUGGAAACUGGUCCCAGCCAAGAAAUAGUCCUGUCCAUAAACCACUGUAAAACUUGGUUCUGUUGUUUAUAUACUUUUUUAGCUGAUUAAACAAGAUAAGAUGUUAGUUAGUGAGCUUUUAGAGGUGCCAGUAGGUAAAGUUAGCCAAGCUAUCGGUUGGCCUGUUGCUGGGACCUAAUUUUAGUACCUAGUAGUUAAGUGUAUAAGUACAUUUACCAUAAGAAGUUUGACAAAAUGCUGAGCACUAAGUACCCGCCUGAAGGCACACUCGUUAUGGUCAAAAAGUUGUGGAAGUUGGAGAAUUCUCACACUCAACAAUCACCAUCUUGGCUACGUAAUGGCAGGUGGCAAGACCAGUCACAAUGUGGUUGCUGUGGUGAACACAGAACUAUAAAAAUGAAGGUUAUACAGGAUCUUUUAAAACGUUUAACAUAACAUGCAAACAUACCACUAUUGUUGUUAAAAGGAAGCAGUCCAUAAUGGUUUGGUACUGCGAACAAUAGUGAAGAGCAGCAGUGUGCAUUUGCAACACAGUCUCACGGCAUUUCGUGUUAUAGUCAAGAAAUGAAUCAAUUGGUUCGUGUUCACCAACACGAUUUCGCCAUUUUUUUUCGUGUCACACAGCCGCAAUCCAGCUAGGCUAGGCUAGCUAGGCUAACCUGCUGCUGGCUGUUAUUUUAGUUUUACAGACCAGUACAUAUGACUUUGUGCCUGAGGAUCACACAUUCCAUACCAAAAGCAAAAGGGAACUUUUACAAUGAUAAAUCUCUCUUUCCUACCUCACUUCAUGAGUGACACUCAAAUAGCUCAUUUGCUUCUCCUAUUUCUGAAUAAAUAGCUUUAAAGUGCUUGCAGUUAUGUCAGGGAUGAACCAUUUACUGGAGCUUAACUGAAUAUUUGUAGGUAGAAAGCAUUCCUAAAGUUGCCUUAAUUGAUGCAAAGCUCUCUGUAUUUACUCCUAUGCGAAUGCUCAGGUUCAUAUUUGCAUUUUGUGCCUCUCUUAGGACAUGUUUACAUGCUUUAAUGUUCAAACGUGCUUUAUUUUUUCUCAUACUGCCUUUUUUUCAUCCUCUGUCUGAAACCAGAGCCCAGUCUUCUCUGAUUGGUUAGCCAUUUACAUGCACAAAAACCUAUAAAACACACUCCAGGAAAGGCAUAAUAGGGCCUCUUUAAAAGUUUAAAAGUCCUCAUAUUACUUGAGUUAUUUGGACAUUUGCUUGGCACUCUGCAUGUAAUUCAGCUUGAGUGCAUUUAAAACGUUUAUUUGUUAUACAGUUAAGCGUAUAUGUGAAUUAAAUUAACUUCUGAAGGAGCUGUAGAUGUUUAUGUAUAAAUAUGUAUAUGUACUAACCACUGUAUUUCAUUGUCUUAGGCAAGUCUCAAACACAUACACAUAUUUAAAUGUGCUAAUGUAUAUUAUGUGUCUUGUAAAGUGUUUGUUUGAUAGUAAAAUCACAAGCACCUGUUGCCUUGUACAUAAUUUCAAUGGCAUAAAAACACCUCUGCACUGCACUUAUGUCAACAUUGUACCAUAAGUGCAUUACUCAAUAUACAUUUGUGUGAGGUGCAAUAAAUGUUAUUACACACGA